GUACUUGUCGAAUUUAGACUUAGACAAAAGUCGAAAAUAAUUUCGAUAUUGUAAAUGUAAACAUAUUCGUAUAAUUUUGAAAUUAUUGUGUAAUGUACUUAGCGUAUAAGGCACAGGUUUUCAAUAGUUAAGAAUAAUGAGUUCAAAAAAGGGUAAGCGUAAUUUGGGGAACAAGCAUUUUCCCAUAGCAGAGUCUGUGAGCAUUGCUCUGAAAAUCCAGUUGGAUAAGUUUUUAAGUGAUGAAAAUGAAACAGAGCUCAAGUUUCCGACGUUUCUGUCGGCACAGGAACGCGGUUUCAUCCAUGAGACUGUUGCCAAGCUGGGCUUGAAGUCAAAAUCGCGCGGGAAAGGUGUAAACCGCUUCUUAACAAUAUACAAACGGACCGGUUCCACAAUAAUCCAGAAUGACGCCAAGCUCAUCCUGGACUCAAACAUGCGCUGCAGCAUCACGGAGCUGUUCAACACAUUCCCCAUCACCAGUAAAGAGAAGGACGACUUGAGCUGUUGUCCGGAGAAGGAACGGAGCCCCCAGAUGGCGCAUAAGCCUAUGGGGCAGCUUAAUAAUGGAGUAGCUCAAGUACCCAGUACAAUAUACAAUCCGGACUUAGUAAAGUUUAGAGAAAAGUUACCUGUGUAUGAACAGAGGCAAGAGCUACUCAAUGCCAUUACUCACAAUCAGGUGAUCAUAGUAGCAGGUGCGACAGGAUGCGGAAAAACCACCCAGCUUCCGCAACUAGUGUUAGAGCACUGUCAGCAACACAAGCAGCCUGCUCGGAUCUACUGCACGCAGCCGCGCCGUCUGUCCGCCGUGUCCGUCGCAGAGCGGGUAGCGUACGAGCGUAUGGAGAAGAUCGGGCAGAGCAUCGGCUACCAGAUCCGCUUAGAAUCUCGCGUGAGCCCCCGCACCGUGCUCACCUACUGCACCAACGGGCUCCUGCUGCGGACUCUCAUGUGCACCGACACACAGCUGGCUGGAGUGACGCACGUAUUCGUGGAUGAGGUGCAUGAGCGAGACAAAUUCAGUGACUUCCUGCUCAUCGCGCUUCGGGACGCAUUACCAAGAUGCAAGGAUCUCAAGCUGAUUCUCAUGUCAGCGACCAUGGACACGCAAAUCUUCUCCAGAUAUUUCAACAACUGCCCAGUGAUAACCAUUCCCGGUCGCUUGCACGAGGUGCAACGCUACUACCUGGAAGACAUCCUGAAACUCACGCAGUACCGCACAAAGAAAAUGGUGCAAGCUGAAAGAGAGCUCAAAAAUAAACUCAAGUCGGGGCAGAGCUACUGGUCACAUCUCGAAGGCCAAAAAUCGACAGAAGAUACCAGCAGUAAGGACAGUAAAGAAGAGAAGGAGGUAGCGCUAGAACCCUCGCUGCAGGCUGAUAUGGACGAAUUUUUAGAAGAGUGCUUCAAGGAAGGCAGCUUGGAUUCGUUCUGCCAGAUCCUGUACAUGUACCUGUCGGAGGGCGUGCCGGUGCAGUGCGCGCAGGCGGGCUCGGGCCGCACCGGGCUCAUGGCGGCCGCCGCGCACGGGCUCGCCGACACCGCGCGCCAGCUGCUGCAGAUCGGUGCGGACCCGACCGUAAAAGACAAGAACGGCAAGACCGCCCGCGACUACGCGCUCGAGGCGGGACACGGCGAGUGCGCCGCGCUGCUCGCUUCGCUCGGCGUCGUCGAGGACCCUAAAGACACCGAGGACGACGCCGCCGACAACUUCCUCCUGGACAUAUAUCACCACAGCGUCUCCGAGGACUUCAUCGAUCACGACCUCAUGCUGGCCCUCAUCAAACACAUACACAUCAACCUACCCAAAGGCAGCAUACUCGUCUUCCUACCCGGAUACGAUGAUAUAGUGACCCUAAGGGACUUAGUACAGAAUUGCACGGAAAUGAACGCGUUGAAAUAUCAAAUUUUCACCCUCCAUAGUAACAUGCAGACGCUCGAUCAGAAGAAAGUGUUUAACCCCCUUCCGAACGCAAGAAAAAUUAUCAUCUCGACCAACAUAGCGGAGACAUCCAUAACUAUAGACGACGUAGUGUAUGUCGUGGAUUCGUGUAAAGUGAAGGAAAAGUACUACGAAUCUACCGGUGGAGUGUGUUCUUUACAGUGCGUGUGGACUUCUAGGGCCGGUUGCCAGCAGCGCGCUGGCCGCGCCGGCCGCACCAAACCUGGCCACUGCUUCCAUAUGUGCUCCCGGCGAAGGUUCCAGACUCUACCGCUCAACUCCAUCCCCGAAAUCUUGAGGGUGCCUCUCCAAGAGCUGUGCCUUCAUACGAAGCUGCUAGCCUCUGGAAAUACGCCUAUAGCGGACUUCUUGUCAAAAGCGCUGGAACCCCCUUCGUUCCUGGCUGUUCGGAACGCCGUGACCUUAUUAAAGACCAUAGGAGCGUUGACUCCUAUGGAAGAUUUGACAGAAAUCGGGCAGCAUCUGCUAGAUUUGACAGUGGAACCGAAAUUAGGAAAGAUGCUUCUCUACGCAUGCGUUAUGAAAUGCCUCGAUCCAAUCCUGACUAUCGUCUGCAGCCUGGCCAAUAAGGAGCCGUUCCAGAUCUCUAUGAACCCGGAGAACAGAAAGCGGGGGAGUACGGCGCGGAGGGAAUUCGCGGCGGACUGUUAUUCCGACCACAUGGCGCUGUUGCGAGCGUUCCAAGCGUGGCAGAGUGCCAGAGCGAACGGCGCGGAAAGAGCGUUCUGCGCUAAGAACUUGAUAUGCGGAGCAACGAUGGAAAUGAUAGUCGGAUACAGAGCGCAGUUACUCGCCCAGCUCCGAGCGCUCUGCCUAGUCAAAGCAAGAGGUUCUGGCGACAUUAAAGACGUCAAUCUCAACUCUGAAAAAUGGCACGUCGUCAAAGCCGUCCUAGUGAGCGGUCUGUACCCAUCAACAGCACGUGUCGACCGAGAAUCGGGUACGUUAAGGACUUCUAAAGAAGUGAAAGUGGCCUUCCAUCCGAGCUCGACUUUACACCGAGGCGACGGUAUAUCUGGCGCUCAAAAAUCCGUGCAAAACUUACCGACGGACUGGGUCGUGUUUGAGGAGAUAUCCAGAGCGGGGCGGUUCUGCUUCAUACGAUGCAACACGCUGGUGACACCCCUGACUGUGGCCUUAUUCGGCGGGCCUUUGCGAUUACCUCCCGGGGCUUUAACACAGCGAGCGAACCCACCAGGGUUGUCGAGCGAUUCUGAUAGCGAAGCAGACGAGAAUAACUCCUCACCUGACACUGCAGUGCUGACCCUAGAUGACUGGAUGGCGUUUACCGCGGACGCAUCAGACGCUAUAAGCGUCUACUACUUGAGGCAGAAGCUUUGCGCGUUGGUUAUCCGUCGCAUGUCGAAUCCAGCCAAACCGAUGACGCCUCUAGACGAGCAGAUCCUGAGUGCAGUCGUGCACGUUUUAGCAGCUGAAGAGAAAAACGUGGGACUCAAUCAGCCGUCAGGGAUCGGUCAGAGACCUAAGCCGUUAACGAUGGAUGCUCCAAGCUGGCGAACUAGGGCUGAAGAAGAGCAGUACAGGCAUGAUGGGAAGUACUACCCGCAGCAGUAUCAGCAGGACUACCAGCAGAAUUACUAUCAGAACCAGAACCCGUACUACCAAAACCGAAACGGUGUCCGUCCCGGGUGGCGAUCAGACACACCGUCCUACUCUCAAUAUUCGGGCCCCAAGAGUCCUCCGGCUAGCAAUGCCUUACUCGCCAAUAUAGAGAAAGCUGGUUCUCGAGCGCGGUACUUCAUAGCUAGGGAUGAGGGAGACGGCACUAGUACUGGCCUCCCGUUCGCACCCGCCACCACGGCCAAGCUUAUGAAAGUCAAACAGGAGGGUCACCAAGUUAUAGUAUUCGUGGCGCGUGAGUCAGCGACAAAGUUUGUGGGUUGCGCCGCACUAGGCGAUAACGGACUAGAAUGGUUGUGCACACACCAUCUGCCUUACCACGCAGUGAGGCACCUUUGUAACUCGCUGGCGGGCAACAGCCGCGUAGUAUCCGGCGGCGACGGCGCCGAGCUGUGCGCCGCCUCCGCGCGCGCGCUGCACGCCGCGCUGCGCGCGCGCCGCCCGCACGCGCACGCGCACCCGCACACACACCGCCCGCACAACAAGCACGCGCAGUAGGACAACCACACUUACACGCGAUAUAUGAACAUCAGCGUGCGUAGCCGAAUGCACAAACCCUCACGAAACGCUCGUAGAUAUCUAUCUCUAUUACUUGCGUAUUGGCGCGACAGAGCCAAACUACCUUUCGCGGCGUUUCGUUUUCGUUUCGCGUCGCAGAAAUGCCAUUCGGCUACGGGGCCUGAGUUGUUUAAAAACAUUUGAAUACCGACGACGUAUACCGAGAAGUCUUGAUUUCAUAUGCGUUGUAAAAUAUGUAGCGGCUCGUGCGGCCACAGAGGUGUUUAAAAAACAUCUGAGCGCGUGACGAGAGUGACGCAUUCGGAUACUUAUGACCGCUUCGGUUAACGACAUUAACGAGAGGUACGAUUUGUGAGCCAGCAAACCUAUCCUAUAUAUACCGAGCCGACUGAUGGAUGGAGGAACGGCUCUCAUUUUAAACCUCCCGUUUAAUAUGAGAACCGUUCCUCAGUCUCCGUUUAAUCAUUCAAUAUAUUUGCUAUAAAAAAAAAUCGUAACUCUUUCCCGCGUGACGCGUGACUUCGAUAUAUUGUAAAUAAUGUUCAUGAAUAAUCUUACAUCUCGUGCUCGAAUGAAUGUUGAAAAAAACAUACGCGUAAUUAAAUUCGUAGUAUAAAAGUUUUCCAUACUUAUCGACGUAAUCUAGACAUUUCAUGCAUCUCGCUCGUCAGGCGCUCAUCAUCUUACCAAUCAUGCAUUGAUAAGUAUGAGAAAAUUCUAACAACCCAAGAACCGUUUAAACCUCCUUACACACUUUAUCAACUAAGAUACGAUUUUAUGCACGAAAACAUUGGCGGAAAAAAUGCAAUCCUAAAGAUAAUUUAUAGGAAUAAAAUUUAUUACUUUUAACUAAAUGAAGAUGCAAUUAUAGGCUUUGCCAAAUCUUUAGACUGAUUGUAUAUUUAACGUUUUAUAAAGUAAAGCUAAAGAGUUAUUUUAAUGUUGAAGUGUAUUAAUUUAAAUAUUUACUUGAGAUAUUAAUUAAUAAAGUAAAUAUUUUAGCACACUUUCAUAAGCUAAGAUAAACUUACAUGCAUUUCGUUUUAUAACACUUUAAAAUAAAGUUAUUCUAACUCGAAUUUGAGAGGUGUAUUUUAUGUACAUGUUUAAAAAUUAAGAACACGUAUGUAACAAAAUUAAGCCGAUUUCCUAUUGAUCGCAUACUUAAAAAAUUAAUUCAUUGGAUUUUACUGUGCCAUUUCUAGUAUUUACCUUAUUUUUUCAUGGAUGGGCUACAAUGAAAUGGAUACUUGUUCGAUUGGAAUGGAUGAAGGUGUUCAAAAAGUCCUUGACACACUCUUAUUCUUCAUUAAAUACAGUCGCAUCAAGACCAUUUGGAACACUUUGUUUAGCGACUUUUGCUGACUGUACUAAAUCCUUCGUGAUUUUUAUCUCUAUUAUCUAUAAUUUUGAUCCAGAAAAUGCAUGAAAUUAACAUUGGGAAUAUUAAGUGUGUUUUAUGAAGGCAAUUGUAACAAGCUAGAUUUUGUGCUAAUAUGAUUGUGAAACUCGUAAAGUAUUGUGUUGAUUGUUCUUGACAUAGUUUAUGUGUAGUUUAAUGGCAGGCUACUAAUUUAAUAAUAACCAUAGAUAUCUGUGUUAAGGUUUAUAAAGUAUCAGAUGUGUUAUUCUCUGUUUCAAUGUUUCUACAGAUGUACUUAUAAAAUGUGGAACUUUGAUACGAAGCAAUAUGUAUUAGAAGUCAUGACGUUUCAAUUUCUUGUAGAGGAACCUGUGUGUAACAAAAUUACGUUUACUUGACACUUAGGCAAAUGAAAAAACAUCCCAUAUGCCAUACCGUAAUCGAAUUUGUUUAUAUUACCCGCUCCGGCAAAAAACAGUUUAUUAUUUCAUUCCACUUAAUAUAUAAUUGACGUAGUUCACGGUAAAGGAUCCAUCCUAAUGUUGUUAGUUAUUUGAAAAACGUUUUUGACGAAAUAGCAAUUCCAUUGACUAUGUGUUUGUAACUUCCCUAAAUUAUCUACUAGGUAUCUCCCCAGUCGAGUGUGACUAAACAUGUUAGGCUGUGA